AUGAAUAACCGGCCAGUCGAGCAGGCCUUGGGCACUCUAGUCCCGACCCAUGCUGGCGAUCUACCUCAGGAGCUUCUUAGCUUAGCUUUGAGUCUUGUUGCGCAGUCCCGUGCCUUUUCCGCCAGCUUGAAGCCCGAGGAAGAGAUCGCGCGACCUUACGCUUGCGCGGAGAUUGCUUGCAAAAGGUUGAGUCGAGCUCUCAAACUUCCUCCUCUACUCGGCCGCCCACCCUGUCCGCCGCGGGUUUACAAGAAGCUUUACACAUACCUCGACAAUUCUCUUACCGCUAGCUCAGCAAGAAUCAAGCGCUCUGCAAGUGGUUCGAUUCCUGGAACACCGGCCGCACCUACACCUCAGGGCCUUCAGAACACGCCGUCCAAGUCCACGCCGUUGAAGCGAAGCGUUAGUGUUGCGAAUAAGCUCGGCUCGCCGUCAAAAUCAGCGCGCAAAGCGGCUCCAGAACGACCCAAUGGCCUUCCCAAUUCAACAAUCAUUCCAGAUGCUCCGGCGUGGGUGAUGACCGCGAUCCGAACAGUCUGCAAGACCCUUUCGACACCUGCGCCGCGUACAACUAGCUUGUCCCGACCUCCAAUUUCAAGGACAUUGCCCCCUCACAUUUUCGCGGGUGUAUCUUCCAUCCUCUAUCUCACAGCAAGCAUGUCCAAUGACGAGGAGGGAAUGGACGAAGAGACCCUCGAUUUCCUGGAACCAAUCGUAUCCAUCCAAGGCAACGAAGACGAUUUUAAGGAACUUGUCUACGCGAUGGUCGUCGCUGUCUACUUCAUCGUCCUAGCACGCCGACGAAGCCCUGCGCCCUCGACUGACGGCGAGGUGACGAAUACAGAGGGACAGAAGAUGGACAAGAAGACAUUUACCGAGAUGCGUCAGACCGCAUUGACGAGCCUCAGUCUUCCUAACACUAGGCGGCAUCGCGAUGAUGUCGAUCAAUGGAUUGCUUUGAUUAUGGAACAAGGCUGGGCGAAUGGCAAGGAGUGGUUUGAUAACAUCCCGCUUGCCGGUGAAUUGUACGGCGAGGACGAGGAGGGAAACUCAUACCGCUAUCUGGAUGAGGAGGAUGCCGCGUUCAGAGGUGUAAAAUUGCCCAAACGCAACGAUGGCUCCGCUGGGGUUCGCACUGGGCAGUCGAACAAACCUACUCAUGGCGGGCUGUUGCCCGGUCUAGGCACUAUGAUGCAAGAUCGGGUGGACUAUUUGAGUGAGGACCGUCGGGAAGAUUAUGUGGAGUGGAAGGCAGAUAUUCUGGCUCGCAUUGGAGUGACUCCAAGGGCCGGGCGUGCUGCUGCGUGA